UUCUUUUCUGAAUUUGUUGUCUUUUAAGAAGUCUUGUCGUUUAUGUGUAGUUGCUUACUUUAUUCUUUUUCGUUUUGCUGCUUUCGAUGGCUAAUGCACCAGUAAAGUCACAGCCUUUACACAACUUCAACUUCCCGUUUCUUAAAUGGGGGACCCAUGGAGGUGGAAGUUCUUCGAACACCAACGCCGACAACCUCCGUUCUCCCGAAUCCUACUCCGACCACGACCGUCUACGUCCGACGCGUGUUGGGUCACGCACCACCCGCGUUUACCGCUUAUCCUUUCCUCCCCCACCUAGAACCAUCAAACAACAACCCCGCGAAGAAGAAGAACAACAACACAAACAAGAAGAAGAGUCGUUAAAACCGCGGGGAAACGAAGCUGAAGAAGACGAUGAUGAUGAGAAAACGGUGCAGAGACCGUGGAACUUGAGGUCUCGCAAGUUGGUGGUGGAGACAUCGGCUGCGGAAAAGAUGAGUAAAACGGCGGCGCCGAAGUCGAUGAGAUUAAGGGGUUUGACUGAGAAUGGAGGGGUUGCAGUAAAGAAAGAGAAAAGGAAGUUUUGGAUAGCUUUAUCGAAGGAAGAGAUCGAAGAAGACAUAUUUGUGAUAACAGGAUCAAGACCUGCCAGAAGGCCCAAGAAAAGGUCUAAGAACAUUCAGAAACAACUUGAUAAUGUUUUUCCUGGGUUAUGGUUGGUUGGUACCACGGCUGAUGCUUACCGAAUUGUUGAUGUUCCCGUUAAGGCUUCCUUACAUUGAUGGGGGGGAGAGUUUCAAGCUCUGUAGUUAAUUGUAAUCCGACUCUAAACCGAUACUUAAAAUAUGUUACUGAAGGGUACUGCAUUCUCUAUUUCUGGACGAGCUCUUCCUCUGUACAUAUGAGCUUUCACCAGGAGGAGCACCUCAUAAGGUUAUGAUUUAGUUAUUGCAUUUCUUUGUUCAUUUUGAUUUGGUCAAAAUUGCAUGGCAGCUCACAAGAAUGACUCCUCUAUCUUACAUGACAAUUCUAAUGACCCCAGUUUGAAAAUAGUUAGCUUGUGUUUUAUAUAGGAUCCUUUGCCACUUGUAAGAUGAUAACAUUAG